AUGUACAAGGAUUGGAAGGCGGAGAAUGAGGCGAAGAUAGGCAUGCGGUUUGGGGAGGUGAAGAGUUCCGGUUUGGAGCAUGUGGAGCUGCCCUUGGAGCUGAGCAGCAGCAGCACCACCACAAGGCAAUCUUCCCUUGUGAAUGGGGGAGAGGAGGCCAAGGAUGCAGAGGAAGAAGAGGAGGAGGUGCAGCAAGUGAGCGAGCGUGCACCGACACUUCCUUCUCGCACUACGAGUGCUCCACGGAUCCGAGUCACCCCGCAGCAACGCCAAGGCCUUCAUGUCCCUGCAGCUGAGGAGGAAGGAAGGGGCAAGAGGAGAAUUCAAGCCCCUAAUAGGCUGACCUAUGAUGCAUUGGGGAAGCCAGCCAAGUCAGCUCUGGCCGGAGCGGCACUUAUAGUUGGAGAUGACGAGGAGAGUGACUACGAGGAGUGUGCCUUCGCGUUCUUCUCUCCGGUGGAGAUGCCGGGGGAACCAGCAACUCUCAAGGAGGCCUUGGAGAGUAGUGAUGCUGAGGAGUGGAAGAAGGCAAUGGAGAGUGAGCUGAAGAGCAUUGAGGAGAACAGCACGCUUGUGGCGAAGGGGUACCAGCAGAAGGAGAAGGUGGACUAUAAGGAGUUGUUUGCUCCUGUGGUGAAGCCGACGACGCUGAGAACCCUACUCGCGGGUGCUGCCAUCAAAGGAUGGGUGGUGAAACAAAUGGACGUGACAACCGCAUUCCUCAACGGCGUCCUAGAGGAAGAGAUUUUCAUGGCGCAGCCAGAGGGGUUCGAUGAUGGUAGUGGCAGAGUUUUGAAGCUGAAAAAGGCCCUUUAUGGACUGAAGCAGGCCCCUAGGCAGUGGUACUUGAAGUUGCGAGGAGUUUUGGAGGAGAUCGGCUUCACUCCCUCAACGGCCGAUCACUCAUUGUUCAUGCUUGGCGAGGGGGAGCAGAGGAGUUUCAUGGUGGUUUAUGUGGAUGACAUCCUCAUUUUCUCACCCUCCUCUGACCUUGUGAAGGAGGUGAUGCUGAAGCUUCAAGACAAGUUCAAGUGCAAGGCCCUUGGUGACGUGAGCUUCUACCUUGGGCUCCACAUCGAACGAGAUGUGGAGAAGCGAUGCAUGCGGGUGCAUCAACGGAAGUACGUAGAGGCAUUGGCUGCCAACUUUGGGCAGAGUGAAGGCCUUGUGGCUACACCCUUUCCCUCUGGGUUCAAGUGUGUGAAGGGACCAGAGGAGGAGAGCGUUGGUGAAGAGGAGAGGCGCCGUUUUCACUCGUUGGUGGGCAGCCUCAUGUACGCGGCGGUAAACACCCGACCGGACGUCGCGUUUGCUACCGGACAGUUGGCUAGGAACCAGAGGACAUGA